AUUGAUAUUGGGAAUAAAAGUAGUUGGGUUUGGAAAUAUUGUGGGGUAAAAACUGAUGGUCGUGCUUAUUGUAGAUAUAUUAUAAAUGAGAACGAAGAGACAGAAUGUGGAUGGAAUUGUGUAUAUAACUCUCAAACUAGCAGUAUGAUUCAUCAUUUAGGGUCUGUAUAUAAAAAAUACGAAGAGAA